UAUACACAACGGUAUUAUAUUGGUAAACAUCUCAAAGAGCAGAGAGAUCAAAGUCAAAGCAAUGAAGGCAGGAUCUUGCAAGAGUCUUAGACUCACCGAUAUGAUGGAAAAGUGGAGGAAGUGGAAGAAAGGACACUUCUCUGUGUACACCAGAGAUGGCAGGAGGUUUGUUUUGCCGUUGGAUUACCUGAAACAUCCAAUUUUUCAGGUCUUGUUGGAGAUGGCAGAGGAAGAGUUUGGUUCCACCAUUUGUGGCCCUUUACAGGUUCCUUGCGAUGGAGGUUUGAUGGAUCACAUCCUCAUGCUGCUGAAAAAGAGGAGUUUGUAUGGUCAUGGUGAUAAUGAGGAUGAUGAUGAUGAUGAUGUGAAGAAGAACCAUGUUGUGCCGUCCGUGAGUAUGUCCUGCAAAGGAGCUUCAUCGGUUUCAUAUAUCUUCCCUCUCUUUCGUUGUAACGCAGCCCAUGAUCUGAACAAGCUUCAGUCUUUAGUUCUGUAACACUCACUUUUACAGGCGAAAGUCUUUUCUGUUUGUAAGUAUAUAUAGAGAAACAUAGUUUUUAUAUAAGCCAUGCAGUUUGUAUAUCAAUAUAUUCAGUUUUGUCAAAGAUUUAUUACGAAGAACUCAAUUAUCGC